CUGAGGAAUAACAUUACCUUGUCGGACGCAAACAAUGAAAGCACUGAAGAUGUUAACAAUACCAACGGUUAUACUGGAUUGUUGGUAGCAAACGGGGCACUGCAUGAUGAAAAAUUAAGAAAUAUAACACCUGGAAAUGGUACCAGACCAAAUAUGAACGAUGAACAUAAAGAAGAGAUCACUGAAAAUAAAACUGAAAAUCCAGAUAACGAGUACCAAGAUGCUUGGUCCGAUGAAAACUUCAUUAAGUUCAAAACCUUAGGCGAUAGCUCAAAGGACUCAAACAUGACAUCAUCACGAAUAAACAAUGGUGUGGAUAUGAAGGCUAGGCCCUACAGUUCCGUAAAAUACAACAGAAAAAGCAACGUAAGAGAGGCUACGGGUGAAAUGAAUUCGGCCCGCAACAACAAUGGGGAUACCUCUAGGGUAGGAAAUGAAGACAAGGGAAAUGAAGAUGAUACAAAAAACGAUUUUGUGGUAGAUUUCGGUGGCAUGCAUUCAGGAAAGGAAGAUGCUUCACCAGAGUUGAUUGAAUACGAAGACCUGAACAUUCUAAUGGCUGCCCAGCCAGAACAUUAUACAGAUUUAACUUUCCCCAGCGAAAGUUCUUAUUUAGAAAUCAAUAAAAACAGAGAAAUAAAAGAAAGAGAAUUAUAUUCAAGAGAACAUUUACAUGAAGCCAAAAAUAUUGUUGAAUCGACAGAAAUAUAUACAGUUCCGAAUUUUCCUGAAAGAGAAAGCAUUCUUUAUGAAAAUUCUUCUUCGACAAAUUCAAAAGAAGACAAUCUGUUCAAUGAAGGGGAGACGGUAACUGAGGAAAAUUGGAGCAUUUACGAAGAUGUAACAAUCCGUUGACUCUAC